GAUCACUUCAGAUCACUUCGCGACCCAUCGUCGGCGCAGUCUGUAACACUGUUGUUGAGAUGAACCCAGAACCAUUUGAAUUCGACGCAGUAAGAGUGUUCUUUAGCCAGCCGGUGUAAAUUCCGGCUUCUAAUUCUAACUCCUACAAUUUAUUUCGCCAUGUGGAAAAUUUGUUUGCCAAAAAAUUACCGCCUGAUCUUCAUUUCUGUGUGGUUCAUAAGCUAGCAUUUUUUCUUUCUUUUUAUUACUCCAAACGUGCGAAGAAAAUUGGACAUCCGGCUCACCCACACUGAACCGUGAUGAGGAGGUAAAUUAUAGUCCCGAGGGAUUUUCUUGUCAGUCUUGAUCGGAAGAUAAUUGUUGUUGGGGAAUAUGAAAAAAUCUUCGAAGCAUUGCCCACCUUUCGACAAUGUUCUUCUGAAGCGGUGGUUGCUACAUGUUGGACCUGUCCGUCGGAAAAUACUGCUGGUCAAGUUUAAGGACCAUCUAGUUAAUCUCGGACUCAGACAUUCGGCAGUGCGUAAAGGCCUCUUGCAGUUGUCUUCCUCUCCUGUUGUCUGCUUAAAACGAGUCGCGACGACUGUACAGAGAUCCAAGAAGUGUGAUGAUAAAUUCCAUCUCAGUUUAGUUUUCAAAGAAAGUGAACAACCGUUUGAUACGAACAAUAAUGGGAAAAAUGUGGGCUCCAUGAACGCUGACUUCCAUUUUUCAUUUUCAAUGAACCGGUCGAGUUCUUUGGCAGCUCUUACAAUGAAAGAAAGCCACAUGACAAAACCUUCGGCUCAUUCGAGCAAUGAGCCCAGCACAUCCAGUUUGGACAAAAAUAAAAACAAGAAUCAAGUGAUUGCUGAUAAAUUUUCAAGGAAGAUCAGAUCUAGCAGCCCGUCAAGACGGAAAAGUGGUUCUAAAACAAAAAAACGGGUACGGGAAGAAAAUCCUAAUGGUAUAACAUGGCGACUAAUUCCUAUAGAUAGUGAUAGGCGUCCAAAGCCUUCAAACGAUGAUGUUCUACUUCGUCAGCAGCAAAUGAAACGGAAGAUAAAGAUUAACAGAAAGUUUAAGGAACUUUUCGGUGAAGAUAGCGAUGUUAACGAAUAUGGCAUCUGUCCUGCAACUCAUACUCAAUCAAAGUGUAGGCAAUCCAGUUCUUCUAGAACCUCGGAUUCUAAACUUGGUCGGGAAUCGCCGAUUUCUGUUUGCUCGAGGAAAAAACUAAAACUACACCAUGAUCACGGCAGUGAUAAAGCAAGUGUUCCGUGUCAAAGGACUUGUAGAACAUCGUCAAGAUUGGGUUCUGAUAGUCCUACCCAAUCUAAGGCUCUUAGAAACUCUGCACAAAAGCAAAUUUUGCAGCUGCAGAGCACCUCCGAUUCUUCUCUAUUUCCAGAUUAUCGUAAUGUUUCAACCCCAGCACUUCCGACAUCGUGCACUGACACUUAUGAUCGGGAAAAUACUGCUAAGUUUCAGAGUAUUGCUGAAAAGCAGUGUAAGCCUGCUACACCUUUCGACAAUGGUUUAUAUGAAAACAUAUCGACUGUGGGCAAUCCACCAAUUUUAGACACUGCCUUAUUGGCAGAACUGCAGACUGACGAUGGAAGAAGUGACAGCAUAUUGGAUUCAGGGUUAACCUUAGACAGCAUCAAUUCAUCUUCUCAACCUUCUGCUACCUUUGAAACUACAUCUUCGCAACACGAAGAGAGCUCAGCUGUUGAACAUGACAUAAAGAAAAGGCAGCUAGUUGAAGCGGAUUCCGUUAAUGGAACAACAGCAAUGGAAACACAAAACUUUAUUGAAACUGAUUCCACAGAGGCUGUCUCGGAAGUCGAAAUUAUGGUUGAAAAAAUAAGGAAACCUCGAAAGAUAUCCGCUCAUUCAUUAUCGGAUCGCACAAGUUUCUGUGUAUCAAAUUCAUCUGAUAGGAAAUUUUCGCCCUAUUCAGAUUGCACACAGAUUACCGACAAUUUGCAAAAGGAACCGGACUCGUUGAAUGAUUCAACGUGUUGUCCACUUGUUACUCAAGAAUUCGAUCAUAACCCAUCAUCAACAACUGAUAUUAAACCAAAUAUAUAUGAGUUAGACAUGUCGUCUUGUGCGACCAACAGACUUCUAGGAGCUUUGGAUAAAAUAUUUUUGACUCUCCUUUGUAGGCGUAGAGUUCGCGAGCGACAGCUGGGAGCUAAAAAGCUCGCCAUAAAAAAAAAUCAGCAAGAAGAAAUUCUGAUGGCUCAGCACGAACUUGAAGCGAAAUUUAUUACAUUUAGGAUGGAAAUUCGCUAUCUAUUCAAAAGACUGUUCACCAAAGAUCAGGUAAUCAAUUUUAUUGCUCAAGGUCUUGAUCACAGAACGCCAAAUGAAACUAAACGCUUUACGAAAAAAGAAAUAGAAAUAGCAAUUAUGGAAGCAGACACACAAAUUUCACUGCUUAAAACGGAAACUGAAUCCAGUAUGUUGCCAAGUGAGCCAACUGAACCAACUGAACUAACAGAGGCUAUCAGUGAACCUAGGAGGGUGAUCGGCACCAUAGAUUUGACGGAUGAAGGUUCAAGCCAAGACAAUGACAUUAGUAUGCGACUAUGUGACAGAAGCACACACCCUCCUGGCUCAAAAAAUAACGAUUCAAAAUCGGGUGGCGUCACGAAUGUCGGUAGUGGGAAUGAUCACAAUGGCAACAAAAUUCGCCCUACAUUACCGAGUAUUGCCGAAGUAAUUACCAUUUCUACAGAACAAUUUGAGACGAUACGAGAGGAGAUUGUCUGCACCCCAAAUAAUCCAAUGUUCGAAAAAUAUAUCCGUUUGAUAUAUCAGCUGACCAUACGAACCCUUGAAGUGAAUGUCACCAUUUUACAAAAUACAGUGAUAACCUUUGUAUCGUAA